AUGGCUCCCCGCAGGAACGAACCAGCCGACCCCGACGACCGUCACCCGACCGACCAGCCCGCUAAAGAGUGUGUCAGGGGCGCUGAUGGCCAGUUCGAGUGCCACGAGGAGCGCCCCAGCGGAAUCUGCUACUCGGUCAUGACCAACAAGGCCAACAACAUCACCUCUCACCUCUCGUCGGUGCACAAGAACGGCGGCAAGUAG